CACUGGAAAAGCUUGUCAUGCACCUCCGGACGGAUGUUAUUUGCACGAUAGCAACGAGAUAAACAUAUGGAGAGUGGGCAUAAAGGCCAAAACCUUCCCGUAAGAAAUCUUCGUCGUCUCGAAAAGAAAUGUUUCAAACUUGAUGAUAAAAUAACUGAAGGAGAAACAGCGCGCGAAGCUACGAGACUGUAGACAGGCGUAUAUUGUGCAGCCCGACGAGGCUGUAAUUGUUACAAUAUUUUGAUGUUAUUUCCCAGCACAUACUCCCCAAGACUCGACAGCAACGUGACCACGUUGCAGCCGGUCAAUCCGUCAUUCGCAGAUAUACAACCGAGACGCUCUUCACCCGAGGUAUACCUCUCGUUGGCGUGUUAUGGCAUUCUUGUGAUAACUAUCCUUUGUGGUAACAGCCUUGUUGUUUCAGCCUACGUGUUAAACAAAUGGCUACGCAGAGCUCUCACACACACCCUGAUAAUAGGACUGGCGCUGGCUGACCUUCUGAUUGGGUUAGUUUCUGUGCCCAUUUGGAUGUGUAUUACUCUGUGGAAUCAUCGUGGCAAGCCGUUCAAUGUGCAAAUUUAUCAACUUUACAUAAUUGCUGAUAUAUUUAUCGGAGGCGCAUCCAUUCUUCAGCUAACUGCUAUUGGCAUAGAAAGAUCCCACGCCAUUCUGAGACCAUUUCUGCAUCGCCGUCUUCAACAGAAAACCUUGUACAUUGCAGUAGCCUCAAUUUGGGUUUUCUCUGCUGUUCUGUCUUCACUACAGCCUUUGCAGUAUGGAACGGACUGGCAGGUGCCAUACACCAUUCUUACAGCAAGUGCUUGUUUCUUCAUUCCAGUGUUGAUCAUUAUCACUGCUUACGGCAGCAUUUUUGUGGUUGCUAUGAAAAGGAAAAAAUUACAGAGCCAAAAUCAGACACUAACGUCUUCUUUAGAUAAGGAGAUGAAACUGUGUGGGACCAUCGCUCUCAUAACGUUGUUGUUCAUCAUAGCAUGGCUUCCACUUUUCACCUUGACAAUGCUGGCCACGUUUGAUCCUAAAGCUCUCCCGAAGCCGAUCAUUUUUUCUCGCUUGCUGCACUUUGUUAAAUGGAUGCAUUACAGUUCAAGUGCCAUUAAUCCAUUCUUGUAUUCUCACCGAAACACCGACCUGCGCAGGACCAUUGCUGUGAUUCUGCGGCGUCUGGUUAUAAGAAAAGGACCUGGUUUGAAUGAAGUGUUUAGAAGACGCCACAGCAGCUUGUCCACUCUGCCUUUAAGAAGCUUGAGUAUCACUUCAGAUCAGAGUCGUAAGACGAGCAUAGAAAGCUGCCAACAGUGUCUCCCCAGGACUCCAUCUGAAUUUGUGUCAUCCUAUGCUAACAUUAGGAGACUCGGCUCCCUGUUUGAACAAAAAGAAAAAGAGAAUGUAUCGGCUGAAGGGAGCAACAAACUUUGACUGAAGAUCUAUGUAAUAUAAUAUUAUGCACGGCAACUUUUAUUAUUAUUUUUUUAAAUUUUAUUUUGUAAUACAUUUAAAUUAUGCACACUACGAAGUGGACAUUACUUACAAGCUACAGCUACAUAAAAUACAAUAUAAACACUACCUAUAAUACCAUAAUACUACAGGUGCGAACAAAUAAUAACAUAAAUUAGAAAACUUUUUGGUGGGGUUUCACAAUUACAGCUACAUUGUACAGACAAGUAAAUUGAUCGGUACUGAAUAACAUAUUACAUUAAAGUAAUUAUUGUUAUCAACUCCAAAAGCUAAAGAAAAAAAAACAUUGAACGAGAAAUAAAAUAAAAUAAAAAGUA